CCCGCUCUCUCCCUGCCGUCUUCCAGAAGAUGGUGUGUCACGGGGAGCACACGUAUCUGUUCGCCCAGGCCCUGAUGUCCGUGCUGGCCCAGGAGGAGCAGGGCGGCUCGGCCGUACGCAGGAUCGCCCAGGAGGUCCAGCGCUUCGCCCAGGAGAGAGGCCAUGACGCCAGUCAGAUCACGCUCGCACUGGGCACAGCUGCCUCCUACCCCCGGGCGUGUCAGGCCCUUGGGGCUAUGUUGUCCAAGGGAGCCCUGAAUCCGGCCGACAUCACAGUCCUGUUCAAGAUGUUUACAAGCAUGGACCCGCCUCCUGUCGAACUCAUCCGGGUGCCAGCCUUCCUGGACCUGUUCAUGCAGUCACUCUUUAAACCAGGGGCCAGGAUCAACCAGGACCACAAGCACAAGUACAUCCACAUCUUAGCAUAUGCAGCGAGCGUGGUGGAGACCUGGAAGAAGAACAAGCGAGUCAGCAUCAAUAAAGACGAGCUGAAGUCAACUUCGAAAGCUGUCGAGACUGUUCACAACUUGUGUUGCAAUGAGAACAAGGGGGCGUCUGAGCUUGUGGCCGAGCUGAGCACCCUCUACCAGUGUAUCAGGUUUCCAGUGGUGGCCAUGGGUGUGCUGAAGUGGGUGGACUGGACUGUGUCAGAGCCGAGGUACUUCCAGCUGCAGACGGACCACACCCCAGUGCACCUGGCGCUGCUGGACGAGAUCAGCACCUGCCACCAGCUCCUCCACGCGCAGGUCCUGCAGCUGCUGGUGAAGCUCUUCGAGACGGAGCACUCCCAGCUGGACGUGAUGGAGCAGCUCGAGUUGAAGAAGACCCUCCUGGACAGGAUGGUGCACCUGCUGAGCCGGGGCUACGUGCUCCCCGUGGUCAGUUACAUCCGCAAGUGUCUGGAGAAGCUGGACACCGACAUCUCCCUCAUUCGCCACUUUGUGACUGAGGUGCUCGACGUCAUCGCGCCCCCCUACACCUCUGACUUCGUGCAGCUUUUCCUUCCUAUCCUGGAGAACGACAGCAUCGCCGGCACCAUUAAAACAGAAGGUGAACACGACCCUGUGACAGAGUUUAUAGCUCACUGCAAGUCUAACUUCAUCUUGCUGAACUGAUUCAGAGCAUCCUCCAGAGCUGGAGCAGAACAUUCCAGGAGACCCGCUGUGGAAAAACCCUUUCCAGAAGCUAUUGUUGAAGAGGCCCCGUCAGCAUCUUGGAAACGGGCUCUGGUGGGAGGAGGGGGAGAACUUUUUUAGAAAGGAAGAUGUGAGCCGUGUAACGGCUGUUAGGAACAGCCCCCUCUCCUCGCGAGUCCAGGGCUGCCCCAAGUCCUGUUUACAGAAUUCAUUUCCCCCAGCAGCGGAACUAGGUUCCCGUUACCUCUUGGGAUGUAGCCGACUGUCAGCCCCGGGGGUGGUGGAAAUUCAGAAACUGGGACACUUAGAUGAACUGUUUUCCGAGUUGAUUUACGCUUUCUCACAAGGCUCCAUCGGUUAGUUCAUAUUAUUGCAAUUGCUUUCAUUUUCCGAGAACAAAUAAAAAGCCCCUCUGCGGUUGGAAGGUGUAGGUCCCGGUGUUAAUGUUGUUUUCGUGUGUAAAUAAAGCACUCGGAUUCA